AUGGAUCCCAAUACAGACUGGUCUCUGCCGCAUGAUCGCUGGACAGAGACAAAUCUAGAAGAUCGCUACUAUAGGAACACAUCACAAUAUCAAGACGACGUACCUGGAUACUCAUCACAACCAUACCAUCAACCACCCAUGACACAAUAUCACCCACAACUUCGUCACAUUAGACCUCAAAUACAUUCUCAGAACUCAGUUCCUUCGUUCGCAGAGUACCAAGGCAGGGUAGCACCAAUCCAACACCCCGAACCACGAUGUAUCAGUCAACCAAACUUCCAAGAUCUGGAGCGCGAGGAACAAACGACUCAAGUCGGCCAUGAUGAAUCGGUCGACAGACGCUGUAGUGAGAACGACUUCUCAAACGAUCUGGAUUUGACGCUGUUUGCAGCAGCAACCUCUGGCUUCACCCCAGACUCGCCUGUACACCGCUCAUUCGGAAACAUGCCGUCAUGGCGCGACCAACAACAAGAAUCGCGACCCGAGUAUUCGCAGUCGCAACAACGGCCACCAUACACACGAGCGCAUACCUCAUACACCAACAACUUCUCUGCAAGGAACCCUAUACCUUCACACUCGACGCCUCAUCUGCCAAUUAGGCAGCCGCAGCCUCGGAGUCCUGUGUCCACUCGUCAAGGGCCAGGCGUAUGGCAAGAACGACUCGAGGCGGAACCAUACGCCUGGCAAGCCCACGACUAUGGCGACGAGCCACCACCAGCAGACGAGUUACCCGACUACGAGCAGAGUCAAGCCGAGAUGCAGAACAAGAACCGAAUUGAAGCAAAGAGAAGGGCAGAAGAGUUGCAAAGAAGGUGGAGGCUGCGACAUAGUCGGUGA